GGAAAGCUCAGAUCGCUCGCUCUCCCCUACGCCUCCUUUCGCACCCUUUUCCAACCACCACGCCGCACCACGCGCAAAACCACCCAAAUCACACUUAUUUCGCCCGGAUCCAUGUCGUAGGACGGCAGGACGGCACGCGAAGACGGAUCGUUGGUUCGGUCAAAGAAGGGGGCCACCGCGGGCCAGGCAGCAGCAGCAUCUUCUGGCGCCCCGGGUGCUACCAGCACCCUGACUCUCGCCAUGUCGGCGAACAGUACACCCUCGGCCAACACGCGGGCCACGCGAUCGCGCUUUUCGAGUCCGCAGACGGCGACCAACGGCGCGACCGAUUCGUCGUCGAGCGCUUCGGUCAACGGCACGGGCGGAAACGAGGGACAGAAAAAAUUCAUGCAACGCUGGCUCGAGCCGCCAGUGCAGGUGAAAGCGAGCUAUCAGGACGACGGCCUUGUGCGGCAGGGCGUGUUUGAGAACAUGGCGCCGCUCGGGACGCUGCCAAAGGUUGGCCUUUUUAAGAAGACGGCGCCGCCCCCGGCUGCCACCCCCGAGCGCACCCAAGUGCGCAGGAUUGUUGUCAAGCAAAAGGCAAGGCAACCUGCUGCCCGGGAACCUCCCCCUCCCCUUCCCCCUCCUCCUCCUCCUGCUGCCACUGCGCCCGAGGAAGACGAGACGGAGGCGGACGAGACGGAGGAGGACGAUGACGGCAAGACGGUGGACCAAAACGAGGAGAAGCCGGGGCUUGGAGGCGCUAGAGAGGGCGGGCCCAACAACAAGGAAAGCCAGAGGGCGUCCAGGACGGCUGCAUCGCAGCGUCCUCGCCGGUCCGUCGCUUCGGGCGAGACGGAUGACGAGGAGUGGGCACCGGGCGCAUCGGCCCAGAAAGGCAGGACGCGCCGGAGCGCUUCACGGGCGAGCAUUGUACCAUCGCAGCAACCGGGCGCGCGGCAGGCUAAUUCCAAGGAGUUGGCCGACAAGGUGGUGGAGGCUGCGGUUGACGAGGCGCUCACUCAUUUUCGGUACCCCACUGCUUGGGCCCUGCGCACACUCUACGAUGAAAAUUCAUCCAACCCGGAAUUUCUCGACAUGAUCCAGAAGGUGUUUCUACAGACUGCCAACGCCGACGAACUGGAAGACUUUGCCCGCCGCAUCCGGGCCAAAAAGAGGCAGGGCAGGAAAGACGGAAAGGCGUUCGACUACUUUGCGCCGCGCUCCGCCGACAGCGCAGCCACGCCGCCGGAGCCCAAGAAGGCGCCCUACGGCAACCUCGUCAAAUUCGACGUCUCGAGCCUGCGCCUGGACCAGAAUCGCACCAAGUCUCGGAAGAGGGAGCGACCGGCCGACUCUGCUGCUGCUGCUGGUACUGCUGGUACUGCUGGUACUGCUGGUACUGCUGGGUUGGAAGCCAAGCGGGCCGCCGAGCCCGAGCCUGAGCCAGAGCCUGAGCCCGAGCCCGAGCCCCAGCUCCCUCCACGCAAAAAGCGCAAAUCCGGCAGGCAGCAGCAGCAGCAGCAGCAGCAGCCGGAGGCGACACCACCACCAGCACCACCACCACCAUCACCAGCAGCAGUAGCGUCACCAUCAGUGGCAUCCAAGAUGGCCGCCGGCGGGACCAACGGCAAAGGCCAUGCAGAGACGCCCUCGCGGAGGCGCACGCGGGCGCACUCGGUGUCGAGCAUUUCAUCGCUCUCGAGCGCCCGGUCAUUGACGCCGCCCGAGGGGAUCCAGGAGGACGGCCGGGAUGACCAAGGAUUCGACGAGCCCCCCCCUUCGCGCACCAGCCCUGCCUCACCCCAGCCAAUCACAACGGGCAGGCGGCGUCGGUCCAACGCACCGCGCAAGAGCCGGAACGUGUCACCCUCCCGACCCUCGCCCGCUGGUUCCACCUCCACCACGACGCAGCAACCGGCCGCCGCCAAUGCUGUUGCUGCCGCCGCCGCUACUCCGUCUCAGCCCUCCCAGCGGCAAUCCCCUGCCGCCGACGAGCCAGCUUAUGAGAUGCCCGCCGUCGUGGACUCGCCUCUCUUUCCCAAUCUCAAUUCGAAAAAGGGUACCAAGUCCGGCACGCCGGCUCUCGUCUUGGCCACCAAGGUGGGCAAGCUUGACCCGAACGAGCCGAGCCUGCGCCAUCGGCAACAGGCACGCCGGGUGACGAGCACGGAAUUCCCCACCAGCCACGUCAGGAGGGGCUCUCCGCAGCCUGCAUCGAAGCAGGAGAAGGCGGAGGAGCCGGAAAAACCGGCCACACCGGUGUCGGCUUCGGCGCCUGCAUCGCGCUCCCGGCCGGCUCCCGCACCGGCCCGCGCGACACCUGUCCCCGUCAGGGAGGGGCGCAGCACCCGCUCGUCGCUCAAGCGGACACACGAUGAUCUGGAGGACCAGGCAUCGCCGACAACCGCCAACUUUCCGGGUUCCGAGGCGGCCUCUACCGCGGCGAAUUCGCGCGCUGGCACGCCGGCUCUCCGGGCGGCCAAGAAGCCCAGGACCGGGCUUCGAGUUAAGAACUCACCGAUGAAGAAGAAGAACGGCCCGUCUGCAGGCAUUCCUCGUCCCAGCGGCGAGCGGAGCAGUCCGGUGGGCAAUGCCGCACGAGAGGAUGACAACGACGACUACUGCUCGUCUUGCGGUGGCAAUGGCGAGCUCCUCUGCUGCGAUGGCUGCACCCGGUCAUUCCAUUUCAGCUGCGUCGAUCCGGUCCUGAGGCACGACGCCAUGCCCGUCGAGUGGUUCUGCAACCUGUGUCGCAUCAACCGCGACCCUACACAGCUCCCGGUCCACCGUGGCGCCUUUGCCCAGUUGCUUGAGAGGCUCGAGGCUAGGAACUCGAGCGCCUUCCGCCUGCCGGCCCCCGUCCGUAACCAUUUCGAGGGUGUCCGUACCGGCCCCGAUGGCGAGUACGAGGAGGUCACGACCACUGUGAAGCCGCCUACUCGGAGAAAGAAGAACGACGAAGACCAAGUCCCCGACUUGCACCGCCUGCGUGACGGAGAAGGCAACGCUGUCAUCUGCCACAGUUGCCAAAAGGGCACCGCCUCGGACCGCGCCAUCAUCCCCUGCAGCGCCUGCGGUCUCUUUUGGCACAUGGACUGUCUGGAUCCCCCGCUGGCGUACCCGCCUGUGUUGCGCACCUGGAAGUGCCCUCUGCACACCGACAGCCUCCUCGCCACUCUCCCCACUCUGCUUCACCCCGCCCACAAGUACCGCAAGGUGAAGGAUGCGCCCGUCAUCAAGCCGACCUUCACCCGCGGCUACGUCAACAAUGGCCACAUCGAGAUCGACUUUGACGACAGCGAGGACGAGAGCGGGUGGAGGGAUGUCGAGAUCUUUGGUCGCACCGUGCGGCUCUCCGAGAAGGGCAUUAAACUGGAUUUUCUCUCCCGUGUCCACCGCGAACGCGCCGGCCAGGAGAAGGCGACCGCUCCUCCCGCAAUCCCUCCCCCUCUCCCCAUGGAACAGAGGUCGCUCGAGGAGCAGCAGGCUGCUCUCAACCUAGCGCAGCUCAGUAGCACCCGAGAUGAUAGCGUGACCGCUCUCAUCAAUGCUAUGAUCUCCCAAGCGGACCCGGCCGUGAUCGACUUGAUGGCACGCGCCGAACCCACCCACUUGGAGAGUACCCAGCUGAACCAGAUGGACCAGCAGAGCCUGCGGGCCAUCCUCGCGAGGGCGGAGGCGAUAAGCGACCAUAUCCGCAAGCUUCUGGCCUCGUCGUCCACCUCUGAUCAGCCCGCCGCGCACCCGGCCGCCGGUACAGAGGCCGCCAUUUCGGCCGAUCCUGAGGAUGCCCCGGCUAUGGUUCCCAGCCUCACAACCUCACAGUCGCCAGACGCCGGGACCGAGAACUCGGCCAAUAUCGAUCCCGACCCCCGCUCCGCGGAACUUGAAGCAGCAAAGAGCCCGGCCUCGCCCGCCACUACGGAUGACGUCCCUGCCAUGACCCAGGGCGAGAAAACGCCCGUCCAUGGUGAUCAGUCUCCCACUGCGCCGCUUCCCCUAGAGCAGAGCGCUCCGAUGGAGAAUGGUGGCGUUCCCGCCACCCCGACCAAGGCGGCCGCUAUUCCGGCUGAUGAGCCGGUCGUCCUCGACGCGGGCGGCGAUGGGGAGAAGGCGCUAGCUGAGGGCUGCGAUGCGGGGCCUAUCGAGAUGGAGUAGUGAUCCGCUCACGUCGGGAACGGACGGGAUUGAGACCUCCGCAGGUCUCGGGGGUUGCUUUUAGUCCACGGCGGUCCCAAAG